CGAGCAGCGAUGGCGGACCGAGGCCUAGCGCGGCACGAUCCCAUCACUGUCUGCGCCAAAGGUGAGGUGCAUUACUGAGAUCUAUCAGACAGAGAGGACGACAGUCAGAUCUGUUGUUCGCCUUGCCUUGCGUGUGUGUUUGUGCAGAUCUGUCCUACUGGAUUGUGACGAAUCGCAAGCACCAGACGAAGAAGCAGAUCAUCAAAGAUGUGGACCUCAUCGUGCGGCCUGGACAGUUACUUGCUAUCAUGGUAGCCACAGAUACACGCGCACACACACACACACAGAGCAGCCAGUCAUUCUGUGUGUGAAUUGUGUGCGCCUGCAGGGGCCGAGUGGCUCGGGCAAGACCACCCUGAUAAAUUUGAUAGCCGGCCGCGUCACGGGGGGCGAGCGCAAGGGCGACGUCUACUUCAACGGCCAAGCAAACCCUUCAAACAGGCAGAAGUUCGUCAGGUCAGGUGAAGGGCACAGUCAGUCGCCAUGUUGGUGUGGAGGGAUCCCUGUGUGUGUGGCCGGUUGCACAGCUAUGUGAUGCAGAGUGACUGCCUGCUGGACUUCCUGACAGUAGAAGAGACUCUCCGCCUCAACGCCGCCCUCAAGCUCAAGAAAUGCUCCAAGUACGAGAGGAACGACCGGGUGGAGCGUGUCAUCAACGAGCUGGGUCAGCAAGCACCGCCACCAUACUCACACAUACGCAGAUAUGAUGCACAUCCGUCUGUCUGCAUGCCUAAGUGCAGGUCUGGACAGGUGCCGAAGGACGCUCGUGGGCGGGAGCGCCAGUAAGGGCAUCUCUGGCGGCGAGAAGAAGAGGGUGUCCAUCGCGAUAGAGCUUUUGGAUGACCCCGCCUUGCUGUGUCUGGACGAGCCGACCAGUGGGCUUGAUGCGGCCCUGGCGUAUGACAUGCUCAAGCUGCUCGUGCAGCUGGCAAGGUGAGCGGAAAGACGCACGCACACACGCGUUCUGCUGGUUUCUGGAUGGAUGGAUGGAUGGAUGGAUGUCUGCAGGGCCGGCAGGACCAUCAUUUGCACCGUCCAUCAGCCGGUGGGUAUGCACGUGGCUUGUGUGCCAAUCGAUGAGCUCGUUGCCCUGUGUGGGUGUGUGUGGAUGGAUGGCUGCAGCGCUCGCAAGUGUUCGCUCUGUUCGAUCAGCUGCUGCUCCUGAGUCGUGGCUCGGUGGUCUACCAGGGGCCGGCAGUCAAGGCCGACGAGUGGUUCGAACAGCUCGGGUGAGUGUGUGGCGGCAGGACACACACAUACACACAUAAGUGCAGCUGGUGGAUGGUCUCCGUGUGUGUGAGUUAGGUAUCCUUGCCCGGCACACUUCAAUCCCGCCGACUUUCUGCUCGAUCUCCUCACUGAGAGCGUGAGAGUAGCGACAAAUCCAUGUGUGUAUAUGGGACUUUGUCCCUCUGUGUUCAGCGGUCCAGCAACAACAGCAACACCCACACCACCAGCACCCCCCGCACCAGCACCCCGAAGGAUGCCUUCUCGAGCGUUGCGCCGGAUGCCGUGACGGACAGGACGGAUGACACUGAGAAGGGCACCGCACUCGCAAUCAUCAACAAAGAGAAAGAGGAACAGGGUAGCACACUACCAGGACACUUCCUCACACACCCACACACACACACACACACACACAUAGAUUGACGGUGGUCUCUGUCUGCCUUUCAGCUGUUAAUGGCCGGUUCUCCGUCUCAUCGAGCACCAUUGACACCUUCCCGUCGCUCUUCGCGGCGAGCCCCAUGGCACAAACCAUCGCCGCCAACAUCAAACACAACCUCGACAAACAAAAGUGAGCACGAGAGGGACGGCACAGAUAUCGAUCGCAUGCCUUGUUUCGUGCAGAAGCCAGACGCUGCCGUGUGCGCGGAGCUCCGGCCUCAUGCAGGCCAGGAACUGGCUGGCCGAUGGCGUGGCAUCCUUCGCCAGAGAGGCCGGGAUCCUCACACAGAGGUCGGUCGCACACACGCUGACACACACAGACACACACAUCAACACACACGUGUGUGUGUAAUUGUGUACAGAAUGGUGUUGAACUCGAUCCGCAACCCGAUGAAGACAUUCGCCGACAUAAUGCAGAACUGUUUCCUUGGCUUCGUGCUCGGUGCAGUUUUCUGGUACACACAGACACACAGACAGACACACGCACAGAGAGAGUCGGCCUGUCUGAUGAUUUGGCCUUCGUAUUUGCUCUGCAGGCAGCUGGGCGAUGAGUCGUUUUCUGACGCGCAGAACAGGGCGGGCGCCUUCUUCUUCGUCGCCAUCAACUUCGCCUUCGGGACGCUCUCCGUUCUGACCACCUUCCCACCGGAAAGGGCCCUGCUGAACCGGUGUGGUGUGCAUGGGCAUCUGUGUGCGCACACAUUUGUCAUGGCUCUACGUAUAUGUGGGCACACAGGGACACUGCCAAUGGGAUUCAUGGGGUGCUCAGCUACUUCGUCGCCAAGGACGUGGGAGAGCUGCUCUUCACACACGUGAGCAUUGACCACUGAGCACACAGACAGCGGCUGACAGACAGACUGGCAGAUCCUCUCUCUGUGUGGCUUCCGUCUGUGUGUCAGUUCCCGCCCACAUUGUUCUGCUGCAUCUUCUACUGGAUGUGUGGAAUGCGGCCCGACUUCGUGUCGUUCCUACUCUUCGUGCUGGUGUCCAACCUCUGCAUCUUCGCAGCUUUCGGCGUGACACUGCUCAUCGGGUAUGGUGGUGUAGCAGAGUGACAGUGGGCCUGUGUAGACGCAGGCAUGUGUGUGCAGGGCCGCCACUCCCUCGGCCGACAUCGGCACCAUCAUCACUGACCUGACGCUGAUCGUAUUCAUUUUGAAUGGCGGCUUCUUCCUCAAGGACGCUGACAUCCCGCCAUGGUAGAACGCCCGCGACCCCACCCACUCCACGCGCCCACGCAUUCGUGUCUGCCUGUCUUUCUGUGUCUUCCUUUCUGUUUCUCGUGUCUGUCAGGGUCGGGUGGAUCAAGUGGAUCUCCUUUAUCCGGUCGGUAGGCGGGCGCGCCCUACACGAUUGACACCUACCCUCUCUCUCUCUGUGUGUGUUUGUCAUGCAGCUACACCUUUAUGGGCUACAUGUUGGUCGAGUUCGAGGGCGACGACAGCCGAUUUCAGGAGGGCAUCGGCGGCGGGGAGGGCGUCCUGGAGUUCUAUGGCCUGCAGCAUGAGACCUUCGCAGCCACGUGCUUGACGUUAUUCGGCCUUGGUGAGUGUCAGAGAGAGAGAGGGAUGAAGUAAGGUGCACUCUGUGUGGUGCGUGGAUGCAGGCAUUGGUUUCCGCGUGUUGGCCUUCUUCUGCCUGAAGCAUUUGAACCGGAAGCAGGGACUAGAGCUGUGACUGACAAGCCGUGUCACAGUGUUGGCCGUACAGUACACUCAGGUCGUGCGAUAUGCACCCGAUAUAUAUGCAUAUGUGCGAAGCAAGCGCCUUUUCUCCCUUGCACCCCGUUUUGUGCCGUACACGACAUUGAGGUCGUUUUAUCGUAUAUAUACGUGGAUGCUCUUCUCUAUGUUCUCUCUCUGAGUUGCGUGGAAGUGCGAAAGCUGUGUCGAUGGCACAAAAUGGAUGUUUCUUUUAUGGAUGGGCGGACAUAUGGAUGCGUACGUAGGUGGUCUGUGGGUGGCAAAGCCGCGUCUUGAAAGCUCCCAUUUAUGCAUUCAGUCGCAAGCACGCCUUCUGCAUGCAUGCGGGAAGGGGGCCAGAUGCAUCCGCCCGCAGGCGCAGCCAACAGAAAAUGCUGUGGUCCUCACGGGCCGCACGGCCCGAACCGAAUUUGAAUGGGGUCGUGCGCACACAGCAGGCCAUCGCAGAAGCCUCGCCAACACCUCCAAGCCCAACACACAACGCGCAAAGCGGUGUGGCAAGAGCCAUGAUCUUUCCUCUCCACCACAAGUGGGAGAACUCCCGUGUUUGUGCAGGCUCUUCUGCCCUCGGUGCAUCGAGAAGCGACGACAAGGCGGCUUCUCAGCCGCCACUGGCUGCUGCUACGACGCCAUUGUGGGUGUCCUACCCCUCGCCCAUUCCAAGCCCCGCAGCACCGCCGUACAGCCGAGUGCUGUACACCAGCGCCGCGCCGGGAAGCCCCCAUCCACACUAUGAUGCUGUAGCCCGAGCAGAGAUGGAGAACAGGUUGGCGCGACUGCGCAACGAGCUGUCUGCAAUGCAGAGGGAGAAGGAACACGUGAGCAACGCUUGUCGUGGAGGGGGGCCGAUGAACUGGGGGAGUAUUUGCUGGUUUCUGCGUGUCGUUCAGGCAGACACGAUGGCUCGGCAGGCAUCGCAGCAGCUGGAAGGGGAGCGCUUGAAGUACUUCGAGCUGUCAGCUCAAAAGGUUCGUACACAGUCCGGCACAUUACUUGGUUGCGCCUUGGAAUGUGUAUGUGCCCAUGGAUGCACGGCUUCAGACUCACACGGAGAGGACCGUCGCUGCCGACAAGCAGCGGCUGGCGGGCCUGACGAAUGAGGUGAAUGAGUUCAAGCAGAAAAUGGACAGCCUUAAGGGCGAGAACAGUCAGCUCACGCAGAAGAUCGCAAGCCUCAAAUCGCAGGCAGGCGCCGAGCCAAUUGCGCCGAGCGAUACGCAAGACAGCAUCGAUUUGGCCGUUUGUGUGUUCACUAGUUGUCGGAGAGCCAGACGGCGCAACAGACCGAUAGGCAGCUGAAAGAUCAGCUGCAGCAGAAAGAGGGCCAGCUGCAAAAGGUGAAGAAGGAGAAUGCUCAGCUCAGGGGAGAGUGCACGGCGGUGCAGGCGGAGAUCGCCUCAUCAAAGGUACUAGCUGGAACUCAAACAUACCACAAUGCAGAAACAUGUCUUGUUCCCCUUUGCCCAGCGAGAUGGUGCAUUGCUGUGCAAGAAGAUGGAAAGCCGACUCGAUGCAAGCCAGGUAGGACUCCACCGUAGGAGAUAGAUAAUCUCAAACAUACUCAUCCUUGAUAGUGUUCUCCUCUCAGGGUCGCAUUAGCAGCCUCGAAUCGGAGCUCGCUCGUGCAAACAGAGAGGUACUGCUGUUGGGUCAUCUGUUAGCUGAUUGAUUGAUUGAAUGGAUGGAUGGAUGGAUGACUGCAGCUGCUCAAUGCCGAGGGUUUGCUGACAAAGUACAAGAAUGAGGAGGCGAAGCUCGUAGAGGAGCUUAAACAGAGAGAACACAAAAUGAAACAAAACGUGGACACGUAAGAGAAAAGGUGAUACAAGUCAUGUCUCCAUCUCUCAGUCGACGUCUCUUCAUUUGCAGCCUCAAUGAGCUUGCGUGCAGUGAGAAACGAUACAAAGAGAAGUCCACGGGCCUUACUGAGCAGAACAAACACUUGAAGAGCGCAAUCGACACACUCGCAGCUGAUCUCGAAAGGUACAAUCUCUCUCUUUCUGCCAAGUGCAUUGCAGGUGUUUGUAUUCACAGGUGUCUCUUUCGUUCGAAGCGUGGUGCAUGCGGUAGUGAAAACGUUGACAUUCAGCUGGCAAGCUUUGGCAUCGACUGCCCCAUCAGUUACUCGUGGAUGUGAAGAGAGGGGGUGAAUGGAGGGCAUGCGUAGUGCAUGCAGUUUCGGCAACGGAUGUGUGCAUGUCGAAAGCAGGCCGAUCUUGUAGUGAAAUCGACCGACUGAUGAGCGGCUAAGGGCAAAUGGUAGAGAAAGAUGAUUGUUUCAAGAAUUUUUACUAGACACGCUAUGAACCCACGCAGAGUUGCUACAUUCUAUUAUCCGCAUCCGUCACUAAGAGACACGCAUUCGUUCCGUCCCUUAUCGACUCGGAUGUCUACUUGUACCUUCGCUAGCAGAAACG